UUAAACCAUUGUCAUUGUCAAAUAUUUGUAAUAAUCCAACUUACGAGUAGUUUUUAUAACGAUUUUUCACAUUUUCUUUACGACUUAUUUAGUCAUAAAAGUGUUUCGCGAGGAAUUGCUUUUGUCUAAACCACUCAUUCAUUCAGAGUAUUCAUUAUGAGUGUGUAAUUAAUGAUUAAAAACUGCGAGGUUGUUUGUAUUAUCUCAUUGGUGAUUGUUUAUCUAUUAAUUCUUAUCAGACAACAUUUUUAAUAAUCUUUUAUAAUAGUAAAUGUAUUAAGAUAAGUAAAUCAUCGAUCACGACUUAAUUAAUUUUAUAAUUACGUACUAUAUGGUGUGAUUGUAAUAUUAAGUAAUAAAUUAUUAUAGGUGUAUCAUUCAUCGUUUGGUUAUUUUAUAAAUAUAUUUAAUAAAUAAAUCGGUUUUUUACUAUGGCUGUGUCUAUACAUAAUAAUAUAGUGUAUGGUCCGGAGGAGCGUCCGAUUCCAGCUCACUUAUCCUUUGGGCAGUUUGUAUUUGAUAAAUUAAAGAAUGCUGGUGACGGUAUCGCGCAGAUUUGUGCCGAAACGGGCGAGUCUGUUACUUAUAGAACUAUUCUUCAAAAUAGUGUUAACUUGGCUGUUGCACUUCAAGAAUUAGGGUUAAGAAAGGGGGAUGUUGUUGCACUUAGCAGUGAGAAUCGCUUUGAGUUUACUGUUGCAUCACUGGCAAUUAUUUAUUGUGGUGGAGUUCUGUCAACUCUCAAUGUUACUUACUCUCCUGGUGAAAUUAGCCAUAUAUUCGGAAUUACAAAACCAAAGUUUAUAUUUACAUCACCAAUCACUGCACAAAACAUGUAUGAUUGUAGCCAAGAUUUACCUCAUGUUGAGAAAAUUAUUCUCUUUGGAGAGUAUGAUGUUGUACCUGCUAUAUUUUACAAUGACUUGGUAAAGAAACAGGUGAAUGUUGAUGACUUCACGCUAGUAGACGUAAAUGGAGUAAAUGACACAAUAGCUGUAAUGUGUUCCUCGGGAACUACAGGGUUACCAAAGGGUGUGAUGCUUACACAUGUUAAUUUCCUCACUUUAUGUGCCCAUAUGAAGUACUAUUUAGAAACUUCACAACAGAAGAAAAAUCAUAAAGUGCUAAGUGGUCUGUCACUGAUACCUUGGUUCCAUGCAUAUGGCUUUAUCACGUCAUUUGCUGUCAUGUGUUUGAAUAUUAAAAUUGUAUUUUUGGUGCGAUUUGAUGAAGAACAGUUUUUGGAAACCAUACAAAAAUACAAGAUAAACAUGACUACUAUAGUACCACCACUAGCAGUGUUCCUGGCCAAGCAUCCCCUUGUACCCAAAUAUGAUCUAACAUCUCUUAAUGAAGUAUGGUGCGGGGCAGCCCCACUGUCUAGGGAAAUCCAGGUUGCUGUUACGAAAAGAACUGGCAUUGGCUUUAUUAGACAAGGAUAUGGUCUCACAGAGGUAACAAUGGCAUGUUGUGUGGAUUUAACUAACGGAGAAAAAAUGGGCUCAUGUGGGACUCCCGCACCUGGUAUGAGAAUUAAGGUUUUAGAUAUAGAAACAAAUGCCAAGUUAGGUCCUGGAAAAGAAGGGGAAAUAUGGAUUAAAUCGCCCUUAGGAAUGAAGGGUUACAUGGGUGACCAAGCUUCCAGCGAUGCACUGGUCGAUAUAGAAGGAUACAUACGAACUGGCGAUAUUGGAUACUACGACGACGACGGAUACUUUUAUAUUGUAGACCGAUUAAAGGAGCUUAUCAAAUACAAGGGAUUCCAGGUGGCGCCCGCAGAGUUAGAGGCGCUACUGCUGCGUCACGCAGGCGUGGCGGACUGCGGCGUGGUGGGGCGGCCGGACGAAGCCGUCGGCGAGCUGCCCGUCGCCUUCGUGGUGCCACAACCGGGGGUGGAGCUCACCGCCGACGAGAUCGUGGCCUAUGUCGCUUUUAAGAUGUCGCCCGCCAAACACUUGCGCGGUGGAGUUAUAUUCGUUGAAGAAAUACCAAAGAAUCCAUCUGGCAAGAUUUUGAGAAGAGAAUUAAGAAAAAUGUUAAGUGUCAAGUUAAACAGUAAAUUGUGAAAAUAGUUCGCAAUUCUGUAUGAAUUAUAUGUAUACAUAUAUAGUUUCUCAUGACAAAAAAAACAGCCACAAUUUGACAAUAGUUAUAAAAAAUUUACAUUAACGCUUUUUAUAUUAGGAAAUGUAGUCUAUUAUAAUAAGCUUAUGUCUUUGCAGCAACAAA